UGCCCUGUGAGAGCAGGGGACGGACCACCGACACCCAACUGGCAUAACCAAUCGCUCGCUCGUGUUCUCUCUCAAAGCCCAAAGCAUUCUAAGUCUGUCCGAAUGUCCGUCCCGUCGUACGUACUUUCACUCGUUAUUCUUAUUAUUAUCGUAUCGCACGUAUCGGACACGCGUUUUCGGUCUUCCUUCUGCUGUUGCUGUUGCUUUUGCUGCUGCUACGCGACGCGACAUUUAUUAUAUUCUACAUUAAUAUCACGUGAAACUCUACGUAGUUCGUGCAACCAGUUCAUUUUAUUACUUUUAUUAUUAUACGUUGUAAUAAUAUUAUCAUCGUUAUUGCCACCAAGAGCGUCAUCGUCAUCGUCAUCGUCAUCGUCAUCGUCAUUACUAUUAUUAUCAUCGUUACCUACGAAGAUAUCGUUUGAUCGAAUUAAUGUUCGUUUUCAUUCGAUUGUUAUUUAAAAUACAAAAAAAUUGAUAUACAAUUAAGUUUUGUAUGUCCAAAAAUACUUAUAUCGAACCUAAGGAUAUAAAAGAAAAAAACUAAAUAAAUAAAUAAAUAUCGUAAGUGCAAUCAAAUAAAAGUUAAACUAAAUAGAGACAGAGGUAUGCUUUCUUCGUUGGACCCAUUGGAUCCUAACGGCAAGACGCCCUGAUGGCUAGACGAUCAUCAUUAUCCAUGUUACUCAUUCGUCACGUCACGAGGACAACGAUAACAACAACAACAAUCAAGAAGACUACAACCAAAACGACGAAAAAGAAGAAAACGAGCAUAGAGAACUUUAGUGAUCGAGUGUUUUAGUGUACUUUGCGCGAGUGUGAUCGGCACUAAUUUGUGUGCUAUUGUGUUGGGAAUUUUUUUUUUUAAUAAUCCCCUCCUCCCCCACCACCCGGACCCCCCCUAGUUUAUCAAUCCGUUAGAACAGAUCUACGAAGAAGGAACGAGUUUGUUGAUACACUCGAUCAAGAUAUGUCGGCCUACGCUCAAUUCGGAUAUUCCUAUCCGUCGGCUUCCCAGCUGCUGGUGAGUGGCGGGCAGCCGACAACAGCAACCUCGCCUGCAAUGUCGUCAGGAGGAGCCCUAAGCCCUGGUGCCCUUUCACCUUCGUCAACGGCAACAACAACACCAGGAGGUGGAGGUGGAAAUGGAGCAUCUGGUGGUGCCACUACUCCCGUAGCUGCCACUACGGGACCUGGAUGUUGUGAAAAUGGUAGGCCCAUGAUGACGGACCCAGUUACCGGCCAAACAGUUUGCAGUUGUCAAUACGAUAGUGCUGCGAGAUUGGCAUUAGGUGCAUAUCCAAGAUUGGCACCAACUGCUACCUCAUAUUCCUCUUACCCUACAACACCUACUACUACCGAUCAGGCACCUUAUCCUAGUAUCGGUAUGGACAGUUCUGCCUUCUAUUCACCUUUGGGAAAUCCAUACACUUUGAAGGACGCUACGGGAAUGGGGAUGACGGCGGAUAUGGGUGCUGCAUGGGGUACGGCUGCUCUUCAACCUGCUGCCACGGGUUACUACCCUUACGAUCCGACCCUGGCUGCCUACGGAUACGGUGCAGGUUACGAUUUAGCAGCGAGACGAAAAAAUGCGACGAGGGAAUCAACGGCGACCUUAAAAGCUUGGUUGAACGAGCACAAGAAAAAUCCUUACCCAACGAAAGGUGAAAAAAUUAUGUUGGCGAUAAUAACGAAGAUGACGUUGACCCAAGUAUCAACGUGGUUCGCUAACGCACGAAGACGUUUGAAGAAAGAAAAUAAAAUGACUUGGGAACCGAAAAAUAAAACGGAUGACGAUGAUGAUGCUGUCCUCACGGAUUCGGAGGAUAACAAGGACAAAGACGAACUUGCCAAUGAUAAUCGAGGGGACAGAGUUGGCGAUGAUGCGAGGAGAGGCCUUGAUGAUAACGAACCAAUGAGACACGUCAAAGCGGAACACAUGCAACACGAAAAAGACCUUGACGAUGAGGAUGAUCUCGAUUUGGAGGAGGAUCCGCGAGGACGAGAACUUCCUUUUCAUCAUACGAUGCAACAUCAUCAUCAUCAUCAUCAUCAGGGUUAUGGUACGGAGGAGCAUAUGAAGGAAGAGGGUAUUAAAACGGACUGCAGUGGAGGUGGUGUACCAAUUCCAGCGACUAAACCGAAAAUUUGGUCGCUGGCGGACACGGCCGCUUGUAAAACACCUCCACCACCUUCUCAUCCACAUCAUCAACAAUACCAUCAUCUACAUCAUCAACAGCAUUAUGCUCAACAACAACAUCACCUUGGAAAUCAAGUACACCACCAUCACUCGCAACAACCUUGGUUAGGACCAGGUGGAGGUGGUGGUGGUGGAGGAGGAGGUGGCGGCGGUGGCGGUGGGGGUGCUGGAAGUGGAAGUUUGGGUUCCUCUUUUGCAUUACCUUCUUCAGCUUCCAUGAGUCCCUCGGCAGCAGCGACGGCACCUUAUUCCACUGCGGCUGCACGAUACGGUGGUUUCCUUUCAACAUCAUCCGGUGGCCAACUUCAUUACAAUCCUAAUUCCUCGUCUGGUAACACAUCAUCUGCAUCCUCUUCCGCUGCGGCGGGGUUUCCAGAAGUUGGUACGGAUACCCCACCUCAGACACCACCCAAUAUGAAGGUGGCUACUCCGAAUGGGGUGAUCCAACCACCACCAGCAGGCUAUUGCCCUACUGGGAAUACCAAUCAGACGAGUAAUGGGAAUCCUAAUCAUUACGCAACCACUCAUCCUGGUGCUGGAGGUUAUUUAUCUGCUACGUCUGGAUCCGCUGGUGGUGCAUCAUCCUUUGCAUCGAGAUUGCAAAGCUCACCGCACAAGGACUUCUCACCGGCGGGACAAAAUUCCAUUCUUCAUCAACACCAAACCACUGCCAGUUUACCACCAACAGAAGCUACCACAGCGUUCAAACCCUUCUACAAAGGAUCACAAUCUAUGGGUAGUGGGUUCGUUUCGCCGGUUUAAAAAACAUCCUAAAAUGAUACAGGAAAAUCGACGCUUUCUCUCAAGGUUUAAAAAACAGUACCGUGAUGGAACAUGAACGUGACAAGGACGGGAAACAAGUUAAAAGAAGUCAACAAUCUUGGGAUUGCAAGUACUUGCAAUCCUCCUACGAUAUCCUGAAAUUUAUUGUCGUUAUCUUGGCACGAAUGAAAGUGGAAAAAGGACAGAAAACGUAGUAAAAAGGAAUCAGAAAGCUCGAUUUUCGGUAUCCAUAAAUCUAACCCUUGAUCUCCGCAAGGUGUAAGGAUUGGACUAUUGGGGACUAGGAGGGGUAAAGUAGAGUGAGAAAUGGGUUACUAAGAAUAGGGGGGGUGGUAAUGGCUUAGAGAAGAUUUAGGAAUUAGAGGAAUUACGUUGAAGUGCCUGCACGUGCACGAGUAAGCGAGAAAGAACAAUGAAAGUUAGGUCAAAGAAGAGAAAAAUAAAACAGAUCAAAUAAAAAGACUAUUCAUUCGGGAUUGAAAAUUAUGAAUAUGGUAUUGAAGAAAAUAUCAAGGUCAGUGAUAACCGUUCUUGUUCGUCGCAUAUCGAACGAUUGAUUAACUUCACCUAUACUCUUGUCGACAUAAUAGUUGUAAAUAUAGAUAAAAAAAAAAAAAAAAAAAACAAGAAAAGGAAACAGAAAAAAAAGCAAUUGAAACCGGGAAAAUAAGAGCAAAGAAUGAGAGAGGGGGUGGAUUAGGUUGAGAGGGGUUUUUUUUUAAGAGAAUUCGAUCAAUUAGUCGUGCAAAUCUUAAACCCUUAAAUCGGCCAUAGCAAAAGGUAUACUUUUUAAAUGAAAUAUCUACAACGGGCAACGUGCAAAGUAUAUAGAAAUAACAACUUCCGGAUAUUAUUAAUUAUUAUUCGAAAUGCGCCUAUGUAAGUCCGAACGGGCCAAAGAUCUUCUUCGUUGAUACUCAACGAGUGUGUGUGUGUCUGUAUUACCAUAAGUGAAAAAGAGAUAGUUAAUUAAAAAAAAGGAACAAUUUAAUAUCCUGGAUGAGAGUAUAAUACUAAUAAUCGUAUUACGCGUUAUUAUGAUGGGGAAUUGUACAUGGUGUUGUUUGUUUGUUUGUUUUCAUUAUUUUGUUUAAUAAUCGAAUAAUACGAGGUAAAAGUUAGACAAA